AGACCUACGCAAUUCGAGAGCUAUGGAGGAAUUUGCAGAGCCGCAGAUCGAGGCGCAGUCAAGGGGGAGAUACCAACAGCGCCCGGGGGUACCAUGUGAACGACAUCUUAGACCAAAGACAGGUUUUGUCCAGCAGAUCUUGCAACCACCACACCCGAGCUCGGCACAGACGACCAGCGACAUCUUCCCAAACGAUAGACAAUGGAGAUGACCCCGUCAGCUUCCCUCCCCUCUCCUAUGGUCGCCAGAGCGGAAGUGCACCGCCAAGCACCGCGUUCCGCAGCAAAGACGCUCUCAUUCCUUACCACACCGCCAUUACCAUGCCCCCGGACAAGACCAAGAUGCGCGUUGGUUAUAAUGCGCUCAACCGGAAAUUGAUCUGCCACCUGCCUCACGUCAACGACGCCAUGCACUUUCCCGGUUACACGACUCGGGAUAUGAGAGAGUGGGAAAAUGAAGUGAAAAAGAUUGUUCCGUCCAGACCAAAAAUCUUCCUGCCAGCGGAGGUGAUUCCUCGGCCCAUGUCAAUCAUCUUUCCCCCCGACAUUGAAAAGACCAAUGACCCAGCCUGCUGUUUCCGGCACACAUCUAACAAGAUGGCGGGCAAGGGGAAAGAGUACAUGAUAAACCCAGAGUGGUCAUCAGAGAAGCAUUCUCCUGACAGUGUGAGAUCUCGAGCGCACUGUGUGUACACGUGGAACGUUUGAGCUUUGAGUUACAUGUUUUUGCUUCAAAACUGCGACCGGUUGAACACUUCAAUUGUUUGAUAAUGAUGAUUGGAAUGUUUUACGCCCCAGUCAAUACAAUUUAGUUCUUUUUUGGAGGCCGUUAAUGUCAGUUCUGCCUGAUUUGGAUUCGUCAUGUCAUAAAAAAGGGGAUAUUCAAUAUUAUAUCUUACCCAGGUGCCCAUAGAACUCAAGUCUCUAGCUUGCCAGGCAAUGAUCCCAACCAUUACAACACUGAGACCCGUGUGUCAGGACGUAUUCUUUGAUACUUAACUUGUGUAAAAGACCUUUCAGCAAAAUAACGAUUUCUGAUUCCAAAUAUAGAUAGAUCUAACAUGUUGCAACAGACAGAGAUCGACAUACUGGUCUGCACUCGCCACGUUUCGAGUUUUGAUCGAGUGGAUGAGUAUGGCCAUAGAACAAACAGUUGCUACGGGUGCUAAGGAACGGACCAACACACAAAACCGUUUAGGAAAUUAGUCUCUGCAAAAUCGGGGUAAUCGAAUUUCUCAAACUCUUGUAAGCAUAGUACGAUAUAGAAUAAGCGUAUUGGGUCAAUUCUAAAUAUUAUAUUUUAAAACUAGUUUUUAUUUUAAUUUGUUUUCACUUACUGUAUGGUUCUCCUCUGUUGUGUUAUCAUUUUAUGUAGGUCAUAUAUCUGAUGCCUGAGUUUCUCCGAAUGCUUUUGUUUUCUUUGUAUGCUGUACAACAUAAGUACGAAUAAAACGCGCAUAUUUUCUCCUUC